UAAAAUUUUGCUUAAAAAGAAUGAGUUAUAUAUAUUUUGUUAAUUAUUAGUAGUCAAUAAGAAAUAAGUUGUGUAAAGAAUAUUUAAGAUCAUAGUGUUUUUUUCACCUCAGUUAAAACUCAACCAUGGCCAAAUCGGCUCAAGAAUUUAUUCAAAGCUCUUUUUCACCUAUUGUUGCGGUAUUAUGCAGUUCAAAAGUGAACAAUUUAGUUUCAAAGAAUAAUUUGACGUUUUCUGAACUACUACAACCUUUUGCUUCAAUGGAAUGGGAAGGUCAAUUUCGAGAACCUGGUGGAAGCAUUUGUACUGUUAAAAAUUGGAAGUUAAUCAUCAGAGAUGUCAAUUGGAAACCUCUCCAACCUACAGAAGCAAGAAGACAACUAAAUAAUGCAGUUUUACAUAAUUUUGAUGAUAAAACUAGUACAUUUGAAUUCGAUGGACGAAAAUUUGAUGUUCCAAAACUAACACCUUGGUUUGAUGCUUGGAGAGAAACAUACCUUGAGGUGCAGUUCCCUUCGGAUCAUGAAUUUACUAAACAUUUUUUGUCCUGCAUAAUUGUUGCCACAACAUUAGAUGACAAUAUUGUUGACACAUAUAAUCAACUAAAUCAACAAUAUGCACAAUUACAAAAUGUAGCUCCACCAAAAUUACCCAAAUGGUUUAAUAAUGGUGUUUUAAAAACUUAUCUUCUCCUCCAUGAUGUAUCAACAGUAUCAAAAGAAAAAGCUGAUGCCACAUUUGAAACAGUUAAACAAGCGUUUGGUGCAAGCAAUUGUUUUAUGUUGACCAUAAACUCCAAAAAUUUAUCCGAUCCAAAACUACUCACAGAUUAUUGGGCUCAAUAUAUAACAAGAUCAACAGAAUCCUAUAGUGAAAUGUCAUCACCUAUGAAUGUGACAACAUUUGAACCACAAGCUGCUCUACCUCAAACUACUAUUGUAACACCUGAAGACAAACCUAACAUUAUGAUAACAUCAACACAAGAAGGUGUGCAUCCAUUAACUGCUACUGAGAAUGAUGUAUAUGAUAAUGCAAAUAGCUUGCAGACAUAUUCAUUUUCUGGCAGUUCAGAAAGUGUUAAUGUAGCAGGAAAGGGUGUAGAUUACUCUAACGAAGUACAUGGAGCUGCUUUAAAUACAAAUGAUAUUGAAGCCAUUAAGAAAUUUCUGCACGAGUACGCAUCUAAAGCAUUAUUACCUUAUUUGGAAAAACAAAUUUCUCAUUUAUCAGAAGUGGUAGCUAACAGAAAAGGCGUUAGUAGAUCACUAUUGUCAGCAACAAAACGAUGGUUUGCAACUGGAAAACCUGGAAAUACUACUGGAAAUAACACAGUUAUAUAUUCAAGUGAUUGCCCGGAGCUACAAUUGCGGCGUUUGGGCGACCUAUGGUUUUUGUGUGGGCAAUGGCAGCGGGCGUUUGACGCUUACCAUACUGCCAAAAGAGAGUUCUACGCGGACAGCGCAUGGCUGUGCUAUGCGGGGGCGCUCGAAAUGGCCGCCAUCAGCGCCUUUAUGGCCGGCGAGGCCAAUCGUAAAACGCACAGUUACAUGGAAGAGAGUAUUGUAACUUAUCUCAAUACAUGCAGGAUGGUGCAGUAUGCAGUCAGAGCAACAUUACUCUCCGCCUUGUGUUUGAUAAACUCGGGACUUCAUGGAGAGGCGGCCAAGCAGUUGAUUCGUAUGACUUCAGAAGACAGCGACCUCCGCAGCGCAAUGCUGUUAGAACAAGCUUCUCUUUGCUUCCUGUCAGGGCCCGGUACGAAGGCCAUGUGCAGGAAGUAUGCGUUCCACAUGGUGCUCGCGGGCCAUAGAUUUUCUAAAGCUGGCCAGAAGAAACAUGCCUACAGAUGUUAUCAUCAGGCCUAUCAGGUGUACACUGGCAGUGGUUGGCGGCUGGCGACUGACCACGUGCAGUUCGCGUUGGGUCGGCUGGCGGGCGCGCUCAAGCAGGCGGUGGCGCCGCGCUGGCUGGCCGCGCCGCUCGCGCCCGCCUCCCCGCAGCCGCCCCCCCAACAAGCCGCCUUCCUGCGCGAAUAUAUGCUCGCACACCAGCAAUGGAUAGAAAGUUCGGAGGAGUUUGGUGGCAAGCUGCCGGUGGUCCCGGUGCCGCUCGUGGUGCGCGGCGAGACGCGCGUAUCGUGUGCGGGCCCCGCUCCACUGGCGGCGGCGGGCCGAGUGGCUGCGGCCGCACCCCCCGCCACCCCGCACGCCGCACGCGUCUGGCACCGCCUCGAGGAGAUGCUCAUACACGCGGCACAGGGCGCGCCUCCGAUGAUAUUCAAGCCCACCGUUGAUUUGUACACCGAGGACACGGAUGCUAACCCUAUUGUACCGCAAGGAGAACCGAUACAAGUCACUAUAACUUUGACAAACCCAUUGAAGAUACCGUUACUAUUGAAAGACUUGGAAUUGCUUUGGCAAUUCAUACCAAAUGCAGAAAAUACCAAUGUUCCUAAAGACAUUCUGGAUAACGAGCCUUUUGUAGCAUCAGGCCGCACUUUGGAUAGUAAUGUGAUAUCUAGACAAAAAAUUCAGGUGUCUCUCCUCGAAGGGGAAUGUAAUAAACGGUUAACUUUCUCUUUAACUCCAUUGCAAGUUGGUCGCUUACAUAUCAAAGGCUUGGCAUACAAGUUAACCAAUACUGGAGAGGAUGGUAAAGAAAACAAUAACAGCAUAGUUAUCACGGGAAAAUUGGAAUUAUCGUCUGCUGGUAAUGACGCUGACAAACGUUUGCAAAUUAUAGUCAUACCACAAGCUCCAUGUUUGCAGAUGACUUUUUCGGAGAUAAGUCCGGAUGUGAUAAGUGGGGAGUUGAGAACGAUAGACGUUGAAUUUCGUAACGUGGGUCCGGUGGAGAUGAAGAAUUUAUACGUGGCCGUGUCUCACCCCGACUGCCUCAGUCUGGUCACGGAGGAGCCGAGCGACGACUUCAGUAUCCUGUACGAAGAGAAGUACCAAGAACCACCUGUAUAUCAAGACGAACGUGCAGCGCGCGCAGGCAGGCGGGCGAGUGCGGCGCGGCGCCACACGCGACUUGUGAGCUCAGUGCUGGGCGCGGCGGCGGGCGUGCGCGCGCGCCUGCUGCUGCGACCGCGGAGGCGCGCGCCCGCACUGCGCCUGCUCGCCUACUACGAGACAGCGCUGCCGCAGCGCCCGCACAGGCUGCUCAGGCACGAAAUGAGACUACAGCCUAUGGAGGCUGUUGAAAUUCAAGUCACACCGAGAAGAAGUUUAAAUAAGUCUGAAGAAGAAAUGGUAGAAAACAUGAGUUUAGCUGUUGAAGUUAAAAAUGUUUGCAAGGAAAAUAAUGAAGAGAUAGCUAUAGAAGUUUUGGAGGUUUCAAUGAUAAGUCAGCAGUGGACUUUGACCGACCUUAUCGCCGCGCCUAGUAUGGACGCCGCUUUAAUACCUCGUGAAAGGGUUCAUUACGUUUUUAAAGCUAAGAGAAUAUUCGAAGAAUCGGACAAAAGUAAUGUCGAAUAUUCCCACAUAAAAGUUUCAACGAAGCGAAGCCAAGAAAUCGAAGCUGAUGUUAAGUCUUUGCCAUACUCAAGGUUCCUCAUGGAUUGCCUGCCUUCUACUGACGAUUUGACUGAUUCGAAUUACUCAGAAACUGAAACAAAACGAGACGGGUUGAUACAAUCGAUGCUCGUUGUAAGAUGGAAGGCGCACGAUAAAGUUAAAAGUAGAACCGCAGUGGGACAGCACUGUUUGUGGAUUAAUUGCUUUUCUAAAGCCUUGUCGCAAGAAAAAGAAGUGUCAUCUGAAUUGCCCAUACAGUUGGACGAUUUGGAAAACUUCAAUGAACCGAAAGAUAAAAGCGACACUAAUAAUAUAGUUCUUUUCAGGCUGGAACAUUCCAACUACGUCAAUCAUAACUUUAUGCAAAGAAAAUUGUGCAUGAUACCGAUUGUCAUAAAUAUAGUCAACUGUUACGGAGUACCAGUCUCUGUGUUUAUAGAUAUGACUAAACAACAAAACAGGGAAUCAACGAGUGAAUUAGGUUGGGCGGGAGCUUUAAGUUCGGGGCCCGAUGCGGAGUCGAAGAGUUUGGGUGUGAAUGUGACGUUGCAAAAGUUCGAGACGCGGCGCGUGCACGUGCGUGCGUUGUGCGCCGCUCCCGGCACGUACGUGCUCGGCUCCGCGUUCACACUCACCACCCGCUGCGGCCUCGGCACGCAGGCCACCGCGCACUUCUCCAACAACACCUCGCUUCUAGUCGUCAGACAAGCCGCUUAGGAUAUCUGCUCGCUAUAUUUGUUACAAAUUUAUAGAAAUUUAUUUUUAAUUUGUCGAUCAAUUGAAAUACUUAUUAUGUAGGUACCUAUGACACAUUGAUAAUGAUCAUUUAUGUUGCAAUUAAUUAAAAUUAGCUAAAAAUUAUAUUUCCAUUUUCCACAUAUUAUGUAAUUCGUAAGUGUAUUUUUUUCUCUCAAAGUUACUGGCAUUCCACAA